CACUCUUCCUGAGAGAGCUGAGCAUCAGUUGCACAGUUUCAGACUUCUGUCAGCCUCUCUUCCAUCACUGCUGAAGUUUUGGAUUUCAGAGUCACCGUCAUGACACCAGCUCUGCUCUUCAUCCUCAUCUUCACAGUGGCAGAUGUCACUUUGAGUGCACCAGUUGACGAUUAUGAAAAUGAUGAGUCAGUGGGUGAUUCUGAAAUCGUUCCAAGACCCAAAGCUGACUUGAAAACAGCUAUGCUGCAGGGUGACAUCGCAGUGCCGAACACUUUGAGCAGGAAUGCAGAUGAAUGCACCGACAGAGGCUGCAAGUGGCCAAAAUCAGGACGCUACGUUUACGUGCCGUACUUCAUCUCUGAAACUUUCUCUCAGGAAGAGCGUGACAUCAUCAUCAGGGGACUGCAGGGCUUCAACCAAUCCACCUGCAUCCGCCUCAUCCCGUGGAAGCCUGGACAUCGUGAUCACAUCUACAUCGAGUCUAAGGAUGGGUGCUGGUCCUACGUGGGCCGUCAGAAUGGGGGACAGUACUUGUCCCUGCAGAAACCAGGCUGCGUUUACAAUGAAGUUGUGCAGCAUGAAAUUCUUCAUGCUCUUGGCUUCAACCAUGAGCAGGUCCGGUCCGACCGAGACAACUACGUCAGGAUCCUCUUUGACAACAUUGAACCCAAUUAUAAAUUUGCUUUCGAAAAGAAGCAGACAAACAACUUGGGGACUCCUUAUGACUUCACCUCUGUCAUGGAGUACAGGAAUGAUGCCUUUUCCAAAAAUGGAAAACCAACCAUUGUUGCCAGGUGCAAUCCAAACCUUAAAUUUGGAAAUUCAAAGAAAAUGAGUGCCAAUGACAUCAUCCGCAUCAACAAACUUUAUGAAUGCACAGGACUUCCUGGGUUGAAGAGGUUGGCCUCCAGGCCUAAACAUCCUAAAAAUGAACAACUUCCCUUCUAGACAUAAAUGACAUGCAAUCAGAGAAAUACAUCACAUUUACCCUGGUUAUUAAUAUAUAACUGACUCAUGAAAGUAGAAGUUAUGUAUUAGACAUUGUUUCUUUGGUCCACCUCAUGCAGGAAGCAGGUCAGGUUUGUUGGGUCACUUUUGCAGCGUAAAUUAUCUGAAAUGCUCAAGCCAGAAUCUCUAUAAUCCUCUCAUUUUCCUUUUUAUGUUUCAUAUCUGAUUCAGAAAAUCUGACUCACAGUUAUUUUUAAUUUGUGGGAUAAAUAAUAAUAAAUAUAUUAAUAUAUAUAUUAAUAAUAAAUAAUUAAGCCUCUCUGUUUAUAAUUUAAUACAGUAUUUAGGAAAAACAGCUCAGUUAACAGAGAUAUACAUUUGGCUUUAAAACACGGCUUCUCUUUUGAAAAUGGAAUAUUUGAUGGCUUUCUAUAUAAUUAAUUUUAAAUAUGCCAAAUGUUUUAUGUCACAAAAAAGAAAAUGUACUGAAAGAAAAAAGUUCACUUAAUUUCUAUGUUAAAAAUAUGAGCAAGUAAACAGUUAAAUUUAACCUAAUGUGUUAGAUGAUGAGAGAAAACUAGGUAUCGUUUUAAUGGCUUUUAAUGCAUUUUACACUUUCACAUUUCUUUUCUAUCAUUUAUUCUGUACAAAUUACAAUUAAAGCCAAAGCAUGUGCAUCA